AUGACUAUUAAGUUGGUGGUGGGUGAGGGUACUUUAAAUAUCGUUAGCGCGUACGCACCACAAGCAGGCUUGGAUGAGGAUAUUAAAAGACAAUUUUGGGAGGGGUUGGAUGAGAUUGUUCGUAGUAUACCUCCUUCUGAGAGGUUAUUCAUAGGAGGAGAUUUCAAUGGUCAUAUUGGUUUAUCUGCAUGUGGGUACACUGAGGUGCAUGGCGGAUUUGGUUUCGGAGAGCGGAACGGAGGGGGCAUUGCGUUGUUGGACUUUGCCAAGGCUUUCGAUCUAGUCAUUGCAAACUCGAGUUUUACGAAGCGAGAUGAACAUUUGAUUACUUACCAAAUGUUCUCAAAUGAAGGACUAUUGACAGAGAUCCUCCUUCGUCUGCCUGUAAAAUCACUCGUUCAAUGCAAAUGCAUAUCGAAAAAAUGGCGAUCUUUAAUCUCUAGUCCACACUUCACACGCCUCAGAAUCCCCUAUUUCAGCCCUGCUCGUGGCAUUUUCUUGUACCAUUCUUCAUUUUUCACCAACCCUUUUCACAAAUUUGUGUCUUUUAACUUAGAAAAUCCAAUUCCAACACCAUUCCUAAAGUUCCCUUUUGCACAACAUGACUCUCCUAAAAUCUUUAUUAUGCAAUCUUGCAAUGGACUUUUGCUUUGUUGUACAAAACAUAAUCCAUUUACAUUUAAUGAGGACUACUACAUAUUCAACCCGACUACUCGACAAUUCAUCACACUUCCUAGACCAGGAGGGGAUGUAAUAGGGAUGAGUUUAGCCUUUGAUCCGUGGAAAUCGCCUCAUUACAAAGUCAUCUGUCUCCGAAUUUCUGAACUGGAACCUGAGAACGACCAGAUUGAGAUUUACUCAUCCGAAUCAAAGAAGUGGAGAGUCUCUGGUCCAUCAUUCCCUAAACGUUACGAUAUAAGUUUUAGACAUGGACUAGUUUACUGGAAUGGAGCCAUUUAUGUGUCAUAUAUCAAGCGUUUCAAUUUGGAACAAGAAAAGUUUGAAAUUUUUCCCAUGCCUAAUUGCUUUGAUGGACAAGAGUGGGAUAAAGAGGAUCAUAGGAUUAUCUAUUUUGGAGAGUCUUAUGGCUAUUUGCACUUAAUACAAGUGAAUCGCCAGAAACUAACUUUGUACAAUAUUUACGAGAAGAAAAAUGAUGGUACUGAGUGGUUCUUGAAAUACGAGGUGAAUGUUGAAGAUGUUGUGUCAGGAUAUCCUAGGAUGAUUCGACGUUAUCUUGAGCCAACAGAUUUUCAUUACUAUGCAAUGGCUGUGGUUAAUGUUGUAAGGGGAGAGAAAGAGGAGGAUACUUUCUUGGUUUUGCAUAUUCCAGAACUGGCCAUUUUACGUUACAAUUUGGCAGAUAAGUCAUUUCAUAUGCUCUGUGAUUUUGAUAGGGGCCAAGAUAAGGGCAUUCUCGAGGAAUUUGAUGAAGAACUUGCUGUGUGUCUUCAUUUUCAUAGCUCAAGCACUUAUCAAUAUAUUGAAUCUACCUAUUAUUGGUAA